GUGAUGAUAAGAUAAAAUUUUUUAGAAGGUUUAUUGAAAAAUUUGAGGUUUUGAGUUUUGAUCAUUUUUGUUGGAAUAAAUUUAUUCGACUAUUGUCAUUGUCUAAAUUUUUCACGUAUUCUUGUUUGCAAUAUCUAAAAAUUUAUACCAAAUUCAUGCCCAAAUUUUCUCAAAUCUGCUGAAUUUUGCGGCUUACUUUCUUAUCAAUUUUCGUGGGAUCGGCUCGGCGUUUCUUACUCAUUCUUUUAAAAAUUGAAAAUUGAAGCGUAAACGUUGCUAUUUUAUUGAAAUUUAAUUAAGCAGUCGCCUUUCAACAACGGUGAUUCUGUAUUUUUAAUAUGCUGCAAUAAUUCCAUUUUGUCUUCUGUAAAUACAUUGUACUAGUCUAUCGUAUCACUUCCUAAUAAUAUUCAAAUAAUUGAUCAUGACUUUGUAUCAUUUUGGAAAUUGUGUAGCUUUGAUCUAUUUGCCGUAUUAUUUUGUGUACAAAUACUCAAGUUUAUCUGAGUACGGUGCGUUUUGGAAAUGUAUUCAAGCAGGUGUGAUUUACGCGAUAACACAACUCUGCAAAAUGUUAAUCUUAGCCACCUUUUUCCCGGAUGGUAGUGUUACUGGAUUUGGCGGAUUCGAUGUUUUUGGCGAAUUCCUAAAGAGUAACGUCGACCUAAUUGAUUUGGUUGGCUUAUACGUGGUACUCUGUGGUAUACCAGGACGAGGACAUAUAAAGAUAUUGACUGCAGGUCUUGGAUGGGCUGGAGCUGAAAUUUUACUCACUAGGUUUUUCUUGUUAUGGGUAGGCGCUCGCGGAGCGGAAUUCGAUUGGAAAUACAUUCAGAAAUGCUUAGAAUCCAAUGUUAACGUGAUUAAUCAUAUCACUGUUGCCGCUCUAGUUUGGAUGUGGUCUAGAUUUGACGCCAAGAAAAACUACUCUCAAUCUAUUUCUGCCAUGUUAUUAGCGUGUUCUUAUAAAUCCUACGUUAUUGAUUUGAUAUCUUAUUGGUUAAGAAUUGAUACCGUUACCAGUAUUGCGUUCAAGACUUUCAUAACUCUCAUACUGGGAUUAAGCACUUUACGGCUGUACGUUCAAAUCUGAUUCAAAUGUAAUGUAUAUUUAUUUUGGCGUUAUUAUUCAAUAUAAAUGUUUUUGGUUAAUGUUUUUAUAAA